AUGGCUACAAUUCUCCCCCUCGCGCCUUCCCAGUUCCUCCUCUUCCCACGCCGUUCCUCUCUUCGUCCUCCUCAUCCUUCGCUCGCGAAGCCACCCCACGAAUCUACUCUUCGCUGCUUCUCCUCUUCUUCUUCCUUCACGCAAGCUUCGUUUCCUAUCGUAACAGAGGACGAAGCAUCAAAGGAAGAAGAAAGCUCCGCCGCUGCUGUUCCUCCUCCUGAAGAAGGAAUCCGCCCUCCUGAUGGCGAAUCACUGGUUGCAGGCACAGAAGACCCCCAGUUCAGGGGCUGCAAGACCUGCGGAAGGGAGGAAGUUGAGAAGGGCUGCAAUGGCGAGGGGCGAAUCCAGGGCGGGAUAGCAACGGUGCCCGGCUUCGGCUGGUGGCCGAUAAAAGCCUUCAGGCCUUGCCCGGGGUUCGUGGCGACCGGUGGAAGGUACAGGAGGCAAGGGCAGAGCAUGGAUGAGGUUGCAUUUGGCAGAGGAAGCAGAGAAGUGCCCACCAAGAGCAUGAAUAAGCCCAGCUCAAGCCAAAAAGGGAAAGCAGCAAAGAGCCUGAAGGGAUGAUGAGUACUGUUGUUGUGCUCCAUGAUAGUGAAGAAACUAAGCAAGAACAUGCCUCUUUCUAAUGUCACAGAUCGAAUGAUAGCCCUGUUGCAUUGUAUACUGAACAGUUUAAGAACCAGCAGCAACAUUGUGACCUUCAACUAAAUAUGUUAAUGUUUCUCCCAAUUGUACAGAGUUCCUGCAAAAUACAAGAUACAUCUAGCUGGUCA